UUGACUCACAAUCGGUUCAGAGAUGAUGUCAUGGUCAAAGGCAGAAUCUAUAUAUACAACCCCCAGCUCAAACUUAGUACACCUGUGACUACUCUCCAGAGCACACGUGAACUUCACCUGAAGCUUCAGUGGUUUAUGAACCUCAGAGCAUCAUUCAGAACGUCUGUAUUACCAAACUACCUGUCACACCUUAUCCUGCACGGAUCGUUGGUCUGACCAAUAGGCAAAAGAGACGUUGGUACACCUGUGAGCACCUACUGACAAGAUGGACCGACAGCAAAGUCUUCAAGAGGCAGCCAGUACCACCUCCUCACAGAGCAAUCACACCUUCUUUCUAGCUGAGGAGGUGCCGCUGCCAGAAAGUCCUACACCAGGAGCCCUGACGCUCAGUCCACUGCCAGACAAGGUCCCUUUGUCUCUUAAUCUGCCUCCUCUACCGACUGAGGAGCAGUGCAUACAUUUGCACAACGCAGGCUUUCUCUCCCUGGAUGAAGAAGUGGCUUUUUUCAUGUCCCAGGAAAUCAACAUCAGGGCUUCAAAGGUACCACUUCCUCCAAGUCCUGAUGAGCUGGACAUCAAUAGUUCCAAUGAGGAGGUGUACCCAGACUUGAAAAGCAUCAGGUUCCCUUAUCUGGAUGAUGAAGAUGAUGAGUCUUUGGAUAAUGAAGUGGCGGCUUUGUUCUCCCAGCCUCAAAGGAAAAUGCCCUGGGAGUUUUCACUGCCUCCAAGUACAACAACGACAGAUAAAGACCCUCAAGCAGGAGACAUAACUCAGAGUGAGAGCCGGGGGAUGAGUAUGUUUCGGGCUAUUAAAGAAAAACACGCUCUGAUGCCCCCUCAUCUGCUGGCCAGUACCACCUCUUCACAGAGCAAGUACUACCACAUCACCUUCUUUCUUGCUGAGGAGGUGCCGCUGCCAGAAAGUCCUAAACCAGAAGCCCUGACGCUGAGUCCACUCCCAGACGAGGUCCCUUGUCCUCCGAAUCUGCCUCCUCUACCGACUGAGGAACAGUGCAUACAUUUGCACAACGAAGGCUUUCUCUCCCUGGAUGAAGAAGUGGCUUUUUUCAUGGCCCAGGAAAUCAACAUCAGGGCUUCAAAGGUACCACUUCCUCCAAGUCCUGAUGAGCUGGACAUCACUAGUUCCAAUGAGGAGGUGUACCCAGACUUGAGAAACACCGGGUUCCCUUCUCUGGAUGAUGAAGAUGAUGAGUCUGUGCCUUGUUUGUUUCCUGGUCUUGAAGAAGAACCUGAUCUGAUGCCCCUUCAUCUGCUGGCAGAUAUUGUGCCUAACUACCCUGACCUGAGACACAUAGGAUUUCCUCAUUUGGAUGAAGAUAACGAUCCAUCUCUGGAUGAUGAAGUGGCAGCUUUGUUCUCCCAGCCUCACGGGAAAAUGACUUUAGAGGUCCUACUGCCUCCAAGUCCUGAAACUGUCCAACCAGAGCUUCAAGAUAUUCCAAAGAGCAAGAACGUUGGGUCCUCUUGCAAGCCCAUGCAUCUGCUGUCAGAUAUGUAUCUGCCUUCAGCUCCUCAUCCUGUAAAUGCACCCCUGGACCCUAAGACCAAUGAGAAGAGGUAUCCAGAUCUGGAAAGCAUCAGAUUCUCUACUCUGGAUGACCAUACCUCUAUGAAGAUUCCAGUUUUUCCAGAAGUUCUCCCUCAAAGAGCGAUUCACUCUCUGGAUAGAGACACUGUACCAAAGCUUCAGUGGCUGAUGCCUCAGGAGAACCAACAACCUCCGAGCGCUCCACUGGUUCAGGUUGUGCCUACCAAAGGACACAGUCAUAAGAACAAGUGGACUAAUUCAAAGAGAAGAACACUUAGAAGGGGGUUCUAACCAGGACGCCACCAGAAACUCUGCAUUAAAAACUAAAAAAAUAAUAAAUAAACAAACAAACAAACAAACA